AUGGCUUCAGGAGGAAGAAGAGGUCCCAACAGGACAUCCUACUGUCGUAAUCCGCUGUGUGAGCCAGGGUCCUCCGGAGGCUCUGGUGGGGGCCACGCUUCCAGUGCAUCAGUCACCAGUGUCCGUUCCCGCACCAGGAGCAGUUCUGGGACGGGCCUCUCCAGCCCCCCACUGGCCACCCAGACAGUCGUUCCCCUACAGCACUGCAAGAUCCCGGAGCUGCCAGUUCAAGCCAGCAUUCUAUUUGAGUUGCAGCUCUUCUUCUGCCAGCUCAUAGCCCUCUUCGUUCACUACAUCAAUAUCUACAAGACAGUGUGGUGGUACCCACCUUCCCACCCGCCUUCCCACACCUCCCUGAAUUUCCACCUGAUCGACUUCAACUUGCUGAUGGUGACCACCAUUGUACUGGGCCGCCGCUUCAUUGGGUCCAUCGUGAAGGAGGCUUCUCAGAGGGGGAAGGUCUCCCUCUUUCGCUCCAUCCUGCUGUUCCUCACCCGUUUCACCGUUCUCACGGCAACAGGCUGGAGUCUGUGCCGCUCCCUCAUCCACCUCUUCAGGACCUACUCCUUCCUGAACCUCCUGUUCCUCUGCUAUCCGUUUGGGAUGUACAUUCCGUUCCUGCAGCUGAACUGUGACAUCCGCAAGACAAAUCUCUUCAGCCACAUGGCUUCCAUGGGUCCCCGGGAGGCUGUCAGUGGCCUGGCACGGAGCCGGGACUACCUGCUGACUCUGCGGGAGACGUGGAAACAGCACACGCGGCAGCUGUACGGCCCAGACUCCAUGCCCACCCAUGCCUGCUGCCUGUCACCCAGCCUCAUCCGCAGCGAGGUGGAGUUCCUCAAGAUGGACUUCAACUGGCGCAUGAAGGAAGUGCUGGUCAGCUCCAUGCUGAGUGCCUACUAUGUGGCCUUUGUGCCUGUCUGGUUCGUGAAGAACACUCAUUACUAUGACAAGCGCUGGUCCUGCGAGCUCUUCCUUCUGGUGUCCAUCAGCACCUCAGUGAUCCUCAUGCAGCACCUGCUGCCUGCCAGCUACUGCGACCUACUGCACAAGGCCGCUGCCCACCUUGGCUGCUGGCAGAAAGUGGACCCAGCGCUGUGCUCCAACGUGCUGCAGCACCCGUGGACUGAAGAAUGCAUGUGGCCGCAGGGCGUGCUGGUGAAGCACAGCAAGAACGUCUACAAAGCAGUGGGUCACUACAAUGUGGCCGUCCCCUCCGACGUCUCCCACUUCCGGUUCCACUUCUUUUUCAGCAAACCUCUGCGGAUCCUCAACAUCCUCCUGCUGCUGGAGGGUGCUGUCAUUGUCUACCAGCUGUACUCCUUAAUGUCUUCUGAAAAGUGGCACCAGACCAUCUCACUGGCGCUCAUCCUCUUCAGCAACUACUACGCCUUCUUCAAGCUGCUGCGGGACCGCCUGGUACUGGGCAAGGCCUACUCAUACUCGGCCAACCCCCAGAGGGACCUGGACCACCGGUUCUCCUGAGCCCAGGGCAACCCCAGGGACAGCACCCAGGCUUCAGCCAGGGGAUCCCUGGGAAGGGGCUGUUGGGGAGGGAGGGGGGCGGCAAAAAAACCCAAAAACUGACAAAAAAAAUCCACCAGAGCUUUGUAUUUUUGUUACAUACUGUUUUUUUCUUUGAUAAUUGAUAUGAUUAUGAGGAAAAAAAGUCCUAUUUUUAUACUCCUAA